GAGUCGGGCGCGCGGGGCGCAGCGCGGCCGCGGUUCCGGAGCGCGAGCGGCGGCAGCAGCCCCGCGAGGGAGGAGCUCCGCGUCCAGGACUACAUGAAGUUGGACGCGGAGGAAACGCUUCCUCUUUUCUUGUCUACCACGUCCUCUGUAGAGGGUUACGACAAGAUUCUCCGCUACGACCUCGAGAAGCUGCUACUGCGACUGGCCAAUUCCGCUCGACGCCCCCCAUCACCUGCAGGGAGGCGGAAGAAGAGGAUGAGGUGGAGGUGGAGGACGAGGAGGCGAAGCAGAAGAGGUUGCGAAGACUGGCGUGGGCGAGGUAUAACUGAACGGAUGAACGCGGUCGUCCUGAUCAGGAAGGUAGAUGGCAAUGCGGAUGGAUACUAA